AUUAAUUUGGAAAUAAUGAUUUUAAUUGCAUGAUGUCCUUCCAUAGUAAAAUAUCUACUCCACGAUCAAUGAGUUUCUAACAGGAAGUCGGUUCAGUAAAUUUGCGCAUGCGCAUUGCGGUCAGUGGGCGGUAGGCAUAAUUUUCAUAAUGAUUCGUUUCAUUCUAAUCCAGAACAGAGCUGGUAAAACCCGUUUAGCCAAAUGGUACAUGCACUUUGAUGAUGAUGAAAAGCAAAAGCUGAUUGAGGAAGUGCAUGCUGUGGUUACCGUCAGAGAUGCUAAACAUACAAACUUUGUGGAGUUUCGAAACUUCAAAAUUGUGUACCGCCGCUACGCAGGCUUGUACUUUUGUAUAUGUGUUGAUGUGAGCGACAACAAUCUCGUAUACCUAGAGGCGAUCCAUAACUUUGUAGAAGUUUUGAAUGAAUACUUCCACAAUGUUUGUGAACUGGAUCUUGUGUUCAAUUUUUACAAGGUUUACAGUGUUGUUGAUGAAAUGUUCACUGCUGGAGAAAUUCGUGAGACCAGUCAGACAAAGGUUCUUAAACAACUUCUGAUGCUCUCUUCAUUGGAAUGAAAUGUCUGUUAAAGAUGAUGUUCUGCCACAGGGAUUGUGCAAGAUAGGGAAAGAUUUGUUUUUGAAAAUGGAGAUUGUCUGGACAUCCCAUUUGAAACCAGUAUUAAUGGACUUUCUUAACCAACUAUGACAUCUAACAUUUUAAGUAGGUUUUAAAAUAUUGAUUUAUGUAUGUGUGUGUAUAUGUAUACACACACACACGUAUAUACAUGUGUAUACACACACACACAUAUAUAUACAAAUAUAUACAUAUAAAUAUAUAUAGAUAUGUAUAUAUAUAUAUAUAUAUAUAUUAUAUAUAUAUAAAGAAAGACAGUGGAUUGCAAUCACUGAGUAGUUUGUUUCAAAUUAAAAGUUCUGUGUCUACCAUGACAAAAUGUAUGAAACUGUUAAGAGUAAUUCCUAUAUACAUAUUUGAACAGGAGUCAUGUAAUCACCUUCAUUGGAGGUGAUUACAUAACUUCUUUUGUCCUUCACUUAUUGUUACGCUUUGUACUCUCCUGAAGCUUUACUCUUAAGCAUAAGUAUAUUGGGUUCUAACUACUGGUUCUUAGUAUCACUAUACCUAAGUGAAAUCGUUAUAUAUAUAUAUAUAUAUAUAUACACACACACACACUCACACACACACAGUACAACUGUUUCUGUUUUACUUCCUUUCUUGUAGUGACUAAUGUGUAUCCCUCUCUACCACAAACAGUAAUAUUAACUAGGUUAAUAUUCGACACUAACUGGUUUUCACAGAAAUCCUUAUCCACAUCGCUCACUUUUAAACAUCAAAGGUAUCUGCUGUAUCUAAAAUCAGUUUGUCGUCACACAGAUUAUGUAAUGGUUUGCGUAAUUUCAUCAGAAAUUCCUGUAAAUCUUUUUUUACUGAUGCUGAGUAUUAAUGACAAAUUGUUACACAUUUAAUAAGCCUUAGAUCAUUUUUCCGGAAUCUAUGAUCCAUUCUAUAGAAAUCAUUGGAAACAUAAUGGUCAUCUUUGUUAAUGAAAUCAACAUAUUUCAACGAAGGUGAGUAUAGGAUUACCAUUUCAACAUUUAAUAUAGAUUAAUCUCUGGAUUUCUUCUGACUCACUCUAAAAUUGAACUGUAAGCUAUUAUGUCACUCAUAUUACACACCUGGAAGCAAAUUAAUGAACUUUUAACUUGCCUUUCUUAGAUAUUGGAAACCAGCUUUAGAAUCAUAUUGACAAUGUAAAAUUUUAAAAUUUUAUGGAAAAAAGUAAAAUUUU